CAUUUCCUCACUCAUGGAGAGGGUCAGGUAGGCAAGUAUGAGGUGAUACCAUAUCCUCCAACAUUUUACACAUAUAAAUCGGUACAAAUUUGAAAAGAGGGCGUGGUCACGAGAAAAGGCCUUUUCCUAUACUUUAAAAAAUCGGUACAGACCAAAAAAAAAAAAGGUACUGUGCCUGCCAAAAAGGUACAGUUGGAGGGUAUGUGAUACCAGCGCUGGAGAAGACACCCGAUGUUGACAGCACAAAAUGGCCAAUCCAGCUGCAAAGAAGACUGAGGCCUGGAGCACCACUGUGAUUGUGAGCAACACUUUGCAGGAUCAUGAAGUGACAGCCUCAUUGUUGAACCAACAGCAUAAAGUUCGUUUUUCAGAGUCUGUGCAAAGUGGAUGUGUUAUUUUUCCUCUAUCUGGCAUAGCUUUUUUGUUGGCAAGCACUCAGGAACUCCUUGGAAUGCAGAGAGAAACAGUAUUUGUUAGAAUACAACAAUUCAUAUCUGUUCAUCGAAACAGCUUCUUAGUGAUAGUGGCCGCUCUCCAUGGGCCAGAGGAAUGGGACCUAAUGUUCCGGAUUCAGCUGAGAUUCCUUGGAAGUAAUUUGCGAAUAAUUCCUGCCCAUAAUAGCGCAGAUAUAGUUAAAAGCAUUUUAACUAUAGCAAAGGUUACAUGCAAACCUUACCUUGAUGACAUACGUGACAGACUUCUCCAGGCCAAAGCACACAUUGUCGAAAACAGUCCAGUGUGGAAAACACUAGACCAGAUGUAACACUACGGAUGCUAGAAGUAGAAGAUGUUUCUAGUCAAGUCAAUGUCAUUCGUUUACUUAUAUUUUAAAAAAGUUUGCCAGUGUUAGGCUAGAAAGGGAGAUUUAAAAUAAAUUCUUACAACAGUUUACAGUUAGUUGAACAGUUAGUGAAGACAAGAGCUGCUUUAUGUAGCUCUGCGCACACUAAAACUGGCGUGAUUACCAGGAUAAAAUGUAUGGGGAAAAAAAGAUGUGUUUUGGUUGCCAAUUUAGGAAAACAAAUAGUUAAUAAAUAAAUAAAUAUAUAUAUAUAUAUACAUUUCCCCCCUGGAACAACAACUGACUGUUGGGCAGUAUGGUGAAUUGUGUAUUGUUAUUUUUUCCCCUCUUCUCCUGUGCAGUGAACAAUAUAUUAAA